CUCCAUCCCUCUCUCCUAAAAUGCUGACCCCAUUACACAUAGCUUACAACAAUAGUCACCAUCAGUACUCUGCAUAACAAAUAGACAUUUUGAUGUGUUGCUCCCCACUUUUUAUUUUACUUCUAUUAUCCUUCCCUCUCCGAUUCCAAGUUGCAGCAAGAAGAAACCAUGGAGGAGGCCCUCAAGUCCAUGUCCAUGGACUACCUCAACCUCCUUAUCAACGGACAAGCUUUCAGCGAUGUUACCUUCAGCGUAGAAGGCCGCUUCGUUCACGCCCACCGAUGCAUCCUCGCCGCCCGUAGCCUCUUCUUCCGCCGCUUUUUCUGCGGCUCAGAUCCAUCUCAAGGUCUCCACCUCCUCCUCGACAACCACCACCACUACCGGUCAAGCCGAGCGGUUUCCUCAACCUCACCGGCCUCGCCGAGAGGGGGAGGAGGUGGUGGUGCUGUGAUCCCAGUAACAUCAGUCAGCUAUGAGGUAUUCCUUCUGCUGCUUCAAUUCCUCUAUAGCGGUCAGGUGUCACUCGUGCCGCCGAAGCACGAACCCCGACCCAAUUGUGGGGAUCGUGGAUGUUGGCAUACGCACUGUUCUUCUGCAAUUGAUCUGGCUCUUGAUACUCUUGCUGCCGCUCGAUCCUUCGGUGUUGAUCAGCUCGCGCUUCUGACUCAGAAACAGCUUGAAGGCAUUGUGGAGAAAGCAUCAAUCGAAGAUGUAAUGAGAGUUCUACUUGCAUCACGAAAGCAAGAGCUCCAUCAUCUAUGGAACACCUGCUCCCACCUCGUAUCAAAAUCCGGCCUCACCCCCGAAGUCUUAGCCAAACAUCUACCCAUCGACGUCGUCACCAAGAUCGAAGAACUCAGACUCAAAUCCUCCCUCGCUUGCCGCUCCACCUUCCUCCCCCCCCUAAACAUCGCCUCCGAAUCAGAAGACCAUCACAACAAGAUCCGUCGGAUGAGACGUGCGCUCGAUUCAUCCGACGUUGAGCUCGUCAAGCUCAUGGUCAUGGGGGAAGGCCUCAAUCUCGACGAUUCCCUCGCCCUUCACUAUGCCGUCCAGAACUGCACUCGAGAGGUCGUGAAGGCAUUGCUAGAGCUCGGAGCUGCCGAUGUCAACUGCCCCGCAGGCCCGACUGGCAAGACGCCGCUACACAUUGCGGCUGAGAUGGUGUGUCCCGACAUGGUGGCAGUGUUGUUAGACCAUCACGCCGACCCAAAUGUUCGGACAAUCGAAGGGAUCACGCCGCUCGAUAUUCUUCGCUCCCUCACUUCUGACUUUCUGUUCAAAGGGGCCAUACCAGGGCUCACGCAUAUCGAGCCCAAUAAGCUGAGGCUAUGUCUCGAGCUCGUGCAAUCGGCGGCCAUGGUGCUUUCUAGAGAGGAGGCGGCUGCGCCGCCGCCGGCCGCCACCAACGGUAAUGUGGAUUCACGGAUGGUGUAUCUGAACCUUGGAAUGGCGGCGGCGGCUAGGCUUGAUUGUGAUAGUAAUAGUAGUCGGUCUCAAGGGAGCAGUGGAGGUAUCGGGCCUUCUUCUUUGUAUUCGCAGCAUGAGCACUUUCCAUAGCGCCCUACAAUUUCAUGUUGCAGGGAGAAAAAAAAAAAAAAAAC